AUGAGUAUAGACGCUUCACCAAGUGAGAGCGUGCUCGAAAGUCAAACCCCGGAUCGCGUGGAUGAAUCAAUCCCGAUCAAAGCUGAAGAAACCGAGAAGGAUGCAGCCCCGGGCCGGGACAUCGUAGGCUUCCGCUGGCUGCUCGUCUGCAUUGCCGUUUUCUCUGCAAACCUCCUCUAUGGCUUGGAUAAUACCAUUGUGGCUGAUAUCCAGGCUCCCAUUGCCGGUGACUUCAACGAGUACACGCGGCUGGGUUGGCUUGGUGUGGGCUUCACCUUGGGAUCGGUGGUCUUUAUUCUCCCGCUGGGCAAAGCAUACGCCAUCUUCGAUACGAAAUGGCUCUUCCUCGGCUGUUUGACUAUGUUUGCGGCUGGCAGUGCUCUCUGCGGUGCUGCUCCUAGUAUGAAUGCCAUCAUUGUCGGGCGUGUGUGGGCAGGAGCUGGUGGAGCGGGCAUGUAUCUGGGAAAUCUGAAUCUGAUUACCAUCCUGACCACCCCCAAGGAGCAGCCUGUGUAUGUCGGCCUGGUUGGAUUGAUCUACGGCACUGGCUGUAUUCUGGGUCCUAUCAUUGGCGGUGCUUUCUCUGACAGUUCUGCCACAUGGCGAUGGUCAUUCUAUCUCAACUUGGUUAUCUUUGGAGUCAUGUCACCCAUCUAUGUAUUCCUCCUGCCCUCCUUGCCACGACCAGCGGGCGAAGGCCGCAGCUUCUUCAAGAAGCUUGUGGAGCUUGACUGGGUGGGCACGGUCCUUUCCGCAGGAAUGCACAUCUCCAUCAUCUUGUUCAUCGUCUUCGGUGGUGUCGAAUGGUCCUGGACAGAUGGCCGGAACAUCGCUCUGUACGUGGUCUCCGCUGUCCUCACCAUUGCUUUCGUGCUCAGCCAGUACUUCUGCAUCGGGACCACCAAACAGGACCGACUGUUCCCCGGCGAGUUCCUGCGUGACCCCACGAUGCUCCUCCUCUAUAUCAUCAUGGCCUGUGGUGGUGCCGCCCUCUUUGUGGCAGUUUAUUAUAUCCCACUCUACUUCCAGUUCGUCCACGGCGACUCUGGCAUCAUGUCGGCAGUCCGUCUGUUGCCGUUCGUCUGCUUCUACGUGGCUACGAUUCUGCUUUGUGGUUAUGUCAUGCCCAAGACCGGCUACUUUAUCAUCUGGUAUCUCAUGAGUGGUGUCUUCAUGCUCAUUGGAGCCGUGUUGAUGUACACCGUGAAAUUGGAUACCAGCCCCUCCAACGUCUACGGAUAUUCCAUCCUGAUGGGACUGGGCAUGACUACUACACAGGCCGCCUACGCGGUGGGUCCAGCCAUUGUGACUCCCGACCGCGUGGCCGAAUGUCUCCAGUUCAUGAACAUCGGCCAGGGCCAGAGUCAGCUUCUGGGAUUGGCCAUCGCCAGUGCCAUUUUCCAGACCAAGACCCUCAGUGGGCUCACUGCCCUGUUGGGAGAUAAGGGAUAUUCGCAGGUGGACAUCCAAAGUGCCGUCGCUGGCGCCCAGAGUACCCUGAUGGAGCGACUGCCCCCGGCCUUGAAGACGGCAGCCCUGAAGGUGAUUGUGAGUUCGAUUAGUGAUGUCUACGUCAUGGCAAUUUCGGCGGGUGCUCUCUACGUGGUUGCAUCCUGCCUGCUGCCUCGUCGUCGGUUCUAG